AUGGCUGGAUGCGGUUGUGGCUGCGGAUGUGGCUGUGGAUGUGGCUGCGGCUGUGGCUGCGGCUGUGGAUGUGGUGGUUGUGGCUGUGGUUGUCCAUGCGGCAUGCCCAACCAGAUGAUGGGCGGCAUGAAUCCAAUGAUGGGCAUGAUGGGCGGCAUGAACCCGAUGAUGGGCAUGAUGAACCCAAUGAUGGGAAUGAUGAAUCCGAUGGGCAUGGCUGCCAUGGGUGCCAUGGGCAUGGCAGCCAUGAUGGCUGCAAACAAAGGGGACGAGAAGGAUUCGGAUGAUGAUGACAGUGAUGAGGCAGAAAAGAUGCCAGGCAAGCCCAAGAUCCCGGAGCAGCUAGAGCGGCUGCUGCUCCCAGGGCUCAAGGGUGGCAAUGCCGAGUCACAGGACAUCUCCAAAGAGCUAGAAAACAUUGAAGAAGGGUCCCACGUCAGUGUGCAGUACACGCAUCCUCAGCUGGGGAAAGUCACCUACGAGGGCAUCCUGCAAGAGAAGUUCAUCGGUGCCUCGACCAGUCAGUCGUACAUUCAACUGGCUCAGUGUCGAUGGUAUGGCAAAAAUGGCAGACUGGAAGGGGAGGAGGCUGCUUGCCAAUUUCUCUGCAGAGACCGGAUGGACCUGGAACGGUAG